AUGGAGAAAACAGGGUGUCCCAGAUUUGGCCAGCUUUCCAAUAAUUGCCAUUUAACAUCAGACCCUAACGACCGAUGCUGUCAGAAAGCUGCAUGUACACCGGUAGGUCCUGCCCAAUGCAGGAACAAGUUAGCGCAUUGUGAAAAUUACGGACAAUACGCCUGUAACGAACCGUACAAGGAAUGGGCGAAGGAGAACUGCAACCAGUACUGUGGAUUCUGUGGCAACACCGGAGUGACAACGACCGUCAGCACUGCUUGUGUUGAUCGUUUACCCAAUUGCAAGGAUUACGGAACGGAUAGUUGCAUAGGACAAUACAUAGGAUGGGCCAAGUUUAAUUGUCCAGUAACUUGCAACUAUUGUAGGCCGAGUGGAACUGGUAGCGUAGGGACCGGAACAGGAACCAUCGGGCCAGGGCCGAGUGGAACUGGUACUAGUGGCACUGGUAGCGGAAAUUGCAAGGAUUCUAUUUCCAAUUGCAAAGAUUACACAAGAGCAUCCUGCGUAGAUCCCUACGCGAGCUGGGCAUUAACUCAUUGUCCCCACUUCUGUGGGCUCUGUGAUCAACUUACGGUAAGUGGAACUCAGGGAGGCGGAUUUUCUGGAACAGGACAAGGUGGCAUCGGAACUGGAACUCAGGGAGGCGGAUUUUCUGGAACAGGACAAGGUGGCGUCGGAACUGGAACUCAGGGAGGCGGAUUUUCUGGAACAGGAACUAACGCAGGCGGCACUGGAACUGGAACACAAGGCGGAACAAGCGGAUUUCUGGUGGUUGCUACUAUAAGGGGCAGUUGUACAGCACCGGACAGAUUUGGCAGGACGCGUGCUUAUACAAUUGCUCAUGCACAGACGGCAUUCGAGGACAAUACUACUGUACACAGCUAUGUACGCAGUAUACCAAUAUUCCCCAAGGAUGUACCCUUCAGAAGUCGCCAGGUGAAUGUUGUGCGCAGCCAGUAUGCAACGGCGGAGGAUCUUCAACCGGAAGCGGCGGUACAGGAACUGGGUCUCAAGGCUCUAUCACCGGAACUGGUGGCACGGGAUCUGGGUCACAAGGUUCUUUUACCGGAGGUGGUACUGGUUCUGGUACAGGUGGUCAAUAUACAGGCCAAUCUCGAGGUUGUUAUUUCAACAACGUACUGUAUUCCCAAGGACAGACAUUCGAUGACGGAUGCACGUACAUAUGUACGUGCAUGGACGCAAGUCGUGGAUACUACACGUGCAAAAACAAGUAGGGAUCUUUAUAUGAGUUUGUUGACUUAG